AUGGAGGUGGAAAAUCCACAGCUGCAGCCCGACAGGGAGCAAUGGAGAAGGGAGAUGGAGAAGAGGUGGAGAACAACAGGAAGGAGGAGGGUGAGACCAUGGAUGAGCGAGGGGGAAGACGAUGAAAAGGCAGACAAUGAGGUGAGUGAGCAGGAACAAGAGGCUGGUGGAGAAACUGAGAGUGAGGGGAUUGGAAUUUUGCAGCUGGUAACUUUUUCCAGCCAAGAUGAGCUGGGAAUCUCAGCAGCAGAAGAUUCCCAGGAAGAUUCUAGACCUUUCAACGAUAAGAAGCUGGUAACCCUUUCCAGCCUACAAGAGAUGGAGCAGGGUACUAGCUAUGAAGGUACUAGACCUUCUAAAGAUGAAAAUAAGUAUCUCCAGAUUGAAGGUUGUCAUGAUGAUGAAAGAAAGUGGAGAAAGGGACAAAAUACUGCAAUGAAAGAGGGAAGAGAUGUUUGGGAAGAUGAGGGCAGAGCUGCUGUGGGGUUCUGGGGCCAUGAAGAGGAGGAGGAGCCCAGUGAAGAUGAUGAGGAGGAGGAAAUGUGCUCCCAGAAUGAAGAGAGCACAAAGGUCUACUGCAAAGACGACCACCAUGUGGAGAUGUUCCAUACUCUAACAACGUUCCGGGACUCGUUUCUGCUCACCGAUCUCACUCUGAACACCAAAGAUGGCAGGAAGAUGCACACACACUCCAUCAUCAUGGCAGCCGUCAGUUCCCUAGUCAAGGACAGUCUGAACAAUGUGUACCAGGAAGGACAGCAUAGGUCGUCCAUCUCCAUGGAUAUAGAUGUGGACCACCGUGGGUUAGAUGCGAUUGUGGAGUUUGCCUACACUGGACUCAUAUCCUGUCUGGAUGAUGUGGAGCGACUGAAGGCGGCAGCUCAGACCCUGGGCGCUUACAGAACGCUGGAUUGUCUGAGGAAGAUGCAGGAGAAAUCAAGAACUAAUGAAGGAGGUAUCUCAGCUGCAGAACAACUGGCCAUCAGUUUGCAGUCCAUUACAGACCUGUGGUUAGACCAAGUGGCCUGUGACGUCAUCCUAGAAGCAGUUGGAUCAUCAUUUCCGGUCCACAGAGUCAUCCUGGCUGCUAGCAGUGACUUCUUUCGUGGAAUGUUUAGUUCAGGCAUGAGAGAGUCCACUCAGUCCCGCAUCAGCCUUCCCUUUCUGGCAGCUUCAGAUUUGGAAGUUCUCAUCGGUUCCUCCUACAGUGGCACCAUUCCCUUAAGCUGGAGUCGUGUGUUCAGUAUCAGCAGCAUCUCCCUUCAGCUCCAGUACCAGCCGGCGCUCUCCCUAAGCCUCAACUUCCUACAGCAGGAACUCAACCCACACUCGUGCCUUGAUGUGGCAUCAUUUGCCGAAGCCUACCAGGUGGAGCAACUUCUCAAAGUGUCUGACGACUUUGUGUUGCGGCAAUUCCAAAAGGUGGCGAGCACCUCCAAGUUCAAGGACCUGCCGGCCAAACAGCUCUUGAGGUACCUUAACAGUCGCUCGCUCUGUGUUCCGUCUGAGCUGGUUGUGUUUAAGGCAGUGGCAGCCUGGAUUCAAGCCAGACCCAAAACCAGGCUUCGGCAUGCCAAGGCGCUCAUGAAGACCGUCUACUUCCCUCUCAUGACCUUUGAGGAAUUCAAAGAAGUUCAGUCUGUGAACAUGUGGUCUAAGCACAACCUGACAGACCUGUAUGAAACAGUUUGGAAGGAUUUUUGCUCUAAUGAUAUGGCACCACAGAGCCAGUGCCGCGUCUACCUGCCAGAACAGAAUCUAGUCCUGACCGGAGGUGACCAAAUCUCUGAGGACCUGGGCCGUCGACAUAUCAGCAGUGAAGUCUGGUUUGGGAAUUCCCUGAUGAACCACACAGGAAUAAAAAAGGAAAUGGAGUGGAGGCGGCUGAGAGAUAUGCCCGAGCCUUCCAGGUUUCGUCAUGAGGCUGCGGUGCUCAAAGGACAACUGUACGUAUUGGGCGGCAAGAGAUACUAUGGCACCGGAGACACCUUGGAUUGCAUGUACAGAUACGACCCGCUUCAAAACAGUUGGCAGAGAAUGGCAGAUAUGACCCAGAAGAGGAACUCCUUCUCGGUGGUGGUAAUGAGUGGGAGCAUUUAUGCCAUCGGGGGGUGCUGUGACCCUGAAUACAUAGAGAGCGUGGAAUGCUUUUCACCAGCUGCAAACUCUUGGAGCUUGGCUUGUCCGCUGGAUCAAACCCUGGGUGGACAUGUGGCCAAAGUGUUGCAAGGACAGAUUUUUAUUUCUGGAGGACUGAACAGCGACUGUCUCUGUCUGGCCUCUCUGUUUGUGUACCAUCCUCAGAUAGGAAGCACCUACUUAGCAAACAUGUCUCAACCACGGGCCUACCACUGCAUGGAAAACCUGGACAACCGUCUCUACGUUGCCGGGGGGAUCACAGUGGACAGUAACGACACAGCGAUAGACCAACUGACCUGUGAGGUGUAUGAUCCCUCUAGUGACACGUGGACAGCCUUCUCGUCCCUGCUGGUGCCUCAUGUGGGGGCAGGUAGCGCCAUAUUGGAGGGCAAGGUGUACCUACUCGGCGGAUACAGCCAGGAGGACUACAGCGACACCAAAAUGGUCCACCGCUAUGACCCCGCCCUGCAAAAGUGGGAGAAUAUGGGCAAGAUGCCAGGACCCAACAACGACCUGCGAGUGUCUUUGCUACAUUUGCCACCACAUGUGCGCAUGUAG